CACAAAUCCCACUACCUUCGUCGGAUAGCUCUGUGCCACCGAGCCAUAAAACGCAUUUUCCGACUGCUCCCGGCCUCCGAUCGAGGCGCCGUUUAUGGCAUUGGAUUCCUCUCGGCGAGGCACACCGACCAGUGCCCCCUUUAUCCCAUCGCCCUACUUUUCACCUUGCCGGAAAUUGCCUCCAGCGACCCUCCGAAAGCUGUUUUGGGUCAACAACUAGUCAGACAACCUCCCGCUUUUCCCCUCGCUCUACCUUCCUUCUUGUGUCUCCAAGUUGGUCUUUUUGCCUCAAAUUGUGUUUUUGGAGAAUUGAAUUGUAGAGUGUAGGGUCGACGGAACCAAUUCUGCAUGUUUAGAUGUGUAUGCGGGAGAAUGUAUGCAUGUGUGGUGUGCUUGGAAAUGUUAGAACCUUAAUACUUGCCAGUUUUGUAGUAGUUCUACUGCAGCCUAGUGGGUUGUGCUUAAGUGUAGGGGGAAUUCCUGGACCAGUGGAUCCGAUUCCCCCAAUUAUUCUGGUUACUAACGGGCCUCGAGGUUGUGAUUGUCUAUUUUGCAGGAAAAUGGUCAAUCUAGAUCAUGACUUUCUGCAAGGCCUCCGGUAUAUCGAGGCCUACGAUGUUGCGUUUGCCAAGAUGCAGGCGACCGAGAUUGGUUCCCACUACACCAUCAAUCUCUCCUACUUCGACUAGUUCAUCUACCGCGACGCCAUCGCGGCGGCCAUCCCUCAUCCUCAUUGGCGCAGCCUAUUGGAGUUCCAGGACGACAUGUACGCGAACUCAUCCUAACUUCUACAACACCUUCACCCAUACCAGGAAGAAGCUAACUUACCGUGCGGGCAUGAUCAGCUUCCUCCUUGACGGUCACCACCACAGCUUGAGCUACGCCGAGUUCACCACCGCCCUAGGCCUGGACCCCACUCCCCUGCGCGAGGUCGAGGCUACUUUCCCCCAGGCCGACUAUUAGUCCUUCUACAAGCGAAUCCGCCUGCACCAGCAUGUUGUUGUUCCUUACACGCAAAGCCGGACCAUUGCCAGCCAGCUGCAGGCCCCGUGGCACUUGCUGCAGGCACUGCUAGCUCACUCCGUCAUUCCCAGUCAGAAAGCGUUCGGUCAGGUGACAAAGAAACAUAUGUACGCCCUCAUCUCCAUGGCUAGUGCGGGGGACGGUCUCCACCUGGGAUCCAUUCUUGCAUUCUCUUUCUCGCGGGUGAGGAACCACUCGAAGGUCACCACAGGCACGGAGGGGCCUUAAUCAUUCAGCUUGCGCGGUUCUUUGGAGUGUCGUUGAAUGGCUGCACCCUAUUCGGUCGUGUCAGAGACUUCCUCGUCGAGACCUUCAGUGCCAUGGGGAUGAUCCAGGUCUCGAGGGCAGAUCCGCAGAUCCAAUGGAUCAGGGGGCUGUAGAGUUAGAUGAGGUUGCCGCAGCCGAGCCUCCACCACCUCCACCAGUCUAGUCUUACCCUGGCGACUCGAGUGUCGGGCCUUCCUCAGCCGCACCAGCUGGUAGCCAGUGGGCCGCCAUGGAGGCUCGUUUUGAUCAGAUCGAGGUGCUCCUCGAUCAUGAGUCUGAUGGAAGGCACUACUCCCAAGCGCCUAUGCUCGGAGGCUGAUGUGGACAUUACUCAGGAUUUCUGGGACCCUUCUCCACCUCGGGAUGAUGAUGAGGAGGUCUGAUACUUGAUGGCGAGCUCCAUGUGUUUUGUGUUUUGUUAUUUUGUAUUUGGUUCAUUUGAGUCGAACUGGAUAUUGUUGGUGUUUAUUUUCUUUCCUUUUUGUUUGAAGCCAUGGGGCUGACAACUGUUAUCCUAACUCUUACCAAGUGUGAGUGGUUGUGUUUUGUCUAGCCUUGCUUCUUAGAAACUGGUCCAUCGUCUAGUCCGCUCCCGAUGACUGGUCCCAUUUCCAGUCUCCCUGUAGUCCGUUUUGCCGGUAACAUCGUUCCCCUUAUCCUUCCCUCUUCUCCAUUGAGGGCAAUGUCAUGCUUAAGUGUUUUUGUGUGUGUGUGUUUGUGGGGGGGGGGGUGUUUAUCUUUGACUGCAUAGAUGAGUUUGUGUGCUUGGAGCCUAGUCCACUGUCCAAUUUGAUGAAUUGAGGGCUCUAAGUACUAUCUCUUGCAAUAACCUGCUCAAUAUGCUUUCAAUUGACAGCCUUACUGUGAUAUGCAACCUAGGGAGGUAGUUGUAGCACUAUGGAGGAUGUUGAAGUAUAAGAUUUUUCCUAUCUAUCUCCUAACUAUGCCGGUCGAUUUUGUGAACUAGUGGAUUUAGGACCGUUGAUUCAUGUGGUAUUGAUGACUCUCCUUAUGUUGUGUUGUGGAAUCGCGUAUUGAAAAAGGGUGCUCAAUUGUGUGAAAUGAAAAAAACAGUUGGUC